GCGCAGCGCUGCAGGACAAGGCUUCGGGAUAUCGCAUCUCUCCCGCAAAAGCUCCAGAGCAAGCCACACGAACUCGACCAUGGGAUUUUAACUGAAAACUAAACAUGAAGACAAACUUAUAGCGUUCUCCUUAGUCAGCGUCGCGCUCUCCGUGGAAGUGAUUUAGACCUACAUCUUUGGUUGAACUGGAUGUUGAGAUGCGCACAAAGUGACAGGGGUCCUCAUCUCUUCUACAGUCCUCACAGAUUUUAUAAAACGCCAUGAAAGACGAUUUUGCAGACGAGGAGGAAGUACAGUCUUUUGGAUACAAGCGGUUCGGGAUCCAGGAGGGCACCCAGUGCACAAAGUGUAAGAAUGAGUGGGCACUGAAGACCUCCAUAGCUCUGCUCUAUGUGAUGUGUACUCUCCUCACCAUCGCUGUUGCUGUACUUGGAUACAAAGUGGUGCAAAGAGUCGACAAUGUUUCUGAAGGUAUAGCAAACUAUGGAGGAAAGAUAAUUGCUGUUGAGUCCGAUUUGAAGAAGCUAGAUGACCAAACAGGGGAAAAAUCAGAGAACACCACCACAGAGAUCCAGGCCUUUAAGAACAACAUCCAGGCUCUCCAGAGGCAGCUGUCUGAGGUGGCCGAGCGCAGCAGCAGUAACCGUGCUACACUGAGUCAGCUGCAAAACGCAGGCUUGGACAUCCAGAGCAGCCAGGGCUCCAUUCAGGGACUGUUGGAUAGCAACACAGCCACUUUGCGCUCUGUGAAUGGCACCCUUCAGUCCUAUAGCAGCACCGUGGAGAGCCUGCAGGAUGACACAGCCAGGCUGCAGACAGAGCUUCAGCAGCAGGUAAACCUCCAGAGCCAAGCCCUGAUCAGUAUCAGCAGUCUCAACCUCACCCAGGCCCAGCAGAGAGGCCUCAUUGCUGCUCUGCAGCGCUCAGUGGAUGACACUAGCCAGGCCAUCCAGAAAAUGCGCAACGACUUCCAGAGCCUAGAGCAGACAGCCCGACAGACCCGCUCUGAUGCUGAGUGGCUUAGAAGUAAGGUGGAAAACCUGCAGAUUAUGGCCUCUAAUGCCUCAGCAUUAGCUAAGGCCAAUAACGACAGCCUGGAGGAGGUUGGCACGCAGUUGGCUUCCCUGUCCAGCCAGCUUCAAAACACCAGCAGCCUGGCGGAGGGUCACGAGCAGAGUCUGAGGGAACUUAUGGACCAGCAGAGGGACCACGACAACCUCACCUCCACCAAGUUUGACCAGCUAGAGAUCCGGCUAGAUGAGUCAGAGCAGAGUAUUGAUCGUGUAACUGGAAACAUCAGCUUCACCACCCAGCUGCUGGGUGCCAUCAACCUUAACCUGAAUGACCUGCGCACGUGCGCCGAGACAGUGGGCCGUCACUCCGACUACCUGCUGAACCUCAACAACAGCGUGUUGGAUAUGAGAACAGAUGCGUCCAUGCUGAGGUCGCAGCAGGAAGAGCUGGCAGCACGCCUGGACAAGGAGGUCACCAACCUGUCCAUCGUCAUGGAGGAGAUGAAGCUGGUGGACAGCAAGCAUUCACAACUAAUUACCAACUUCACUAUUUUACAGGGUCCUCCUGGUCCCAGAGGACCAAGAGGGGAUAAAGGACCUCAGGGACCAACUGGUCAGCCUGGGCAGAAGGGGGAAAAAGGGGACAAGGGUGCACCUGGGAUGCAGGGUCUCCGAGGAGAGAAGGGAGCUCCAGGGUCACCAGGUCUGCCAGGGUUGAAAGGCCUACCAGGCGCACGUGGCAGUCCUGGAUCCAAGGGCUCCCGUGGGUCAGGGGGCAGGGCAGGACCUCCUGGAGCUAAGGGAGAGCCAGGCACUGCUGGUCUCCCUGGAAGAGACGGACAGCCUGGCCCUCAGGGAGCGCAGGGCCCUUUGGGUAUUCGAGGACCAAUGGGACCUGCUGGGGAACAAGGGCCGAGGGGGCCAGUGGGGCCAGUGGGCCCAGCCGGACCACCUGGACUACCAGGACUUCCAGCCCGGCCACCUUUUGGCCCUGUGUCUCUGCAGAGUGAGGCACCUGCUCCUACACUAUGGGCACCAGGUUGCCCAUUUGAGUGGGUAAACUACAGAAACAAGUGCUACUUUUUCUCCAAAGAGCUGCACAGUUUUGAUGACGCAAAGGCAACAUGUGAAAGGAAGUCUGCUUCAUUGUUGAUCAUCAGUGAUAUGGAGGAACAGAAAUGGCUCAGGAAGCAGACCUCUGGGAAGGGUUACUUCUGGAUGGGUCUGACUGACAAGGAGGAGGAGAAUGUGUGGCGCUGGCUGGACGGGACUGAACCUGUUUUCACGAAGUGGAAGCCCGGUCAGCCUGACAACUGGGGCCAUGGGCACGAGGUCGGAGAAGACUGUGCAGGGCUCAUCCACGAUGGGUUAUGGAACGAUUUCUUCUGUGAAGAUCUCAUAAGCUACAUCUGUGAGAAGGAAAUAGAGGACCAAGAGCACCCGGGUCAUAGCGAUGUUGUAUGAAAAGGGGAUCCAGAGAGCAGCUAGACUUCACCCCUGUGUCACUCGGCCCACUGACACAGCACAUGGACAACCCAUAUGGAGAGAGAGGAGGGACAAUUUUAAAAUGAGCCCAGGGCUGCAUCUGCAAACCUCUCUCCACUGCUGAUCUGAGACUUUUCUCCUCCAGAGUGAACCCAAUCCACCAGCAAGUGCAAUACAGCCGCAGGGCAAAUGAAAGAUGGAGGAGAAUGUUUUUUUUUUUUGUUUGUUUGUUUUUAAAUCACCAAAUCACCAGCUGAUUUAUAUAAAUGUUUUUAUGGUUAUUUUAAAUACUUUUUAUAUGACUGUAUUCCAUGUACAACUGAAUAUCUGAAUGUAUAUUUCAUUAUGCAAGUUUUGUAGGAAAAUAUAAAUUCUAUAAAGCCAAACGGACAUACCGUAGUGCCCUCCACAACAUGUAUUUGUCCUUAAAUGGUGCAAAAUGAUGCGCAAAAAAAACAAAAACAUUAUGUCGCUGAUAUGCUAUCUUCGAGGAAUCUGUUACUUUAACCACAUGAAUGUCUGGUUAUAUAGCUUCAUCAUUUAUCUUCGACAGAAUAAAUUAAAUAUGUACACGUACAAUGUCAGAAAACCAGCUUGAUUUUUAGUUAAAGAAUACAAGUUUACAGUUUAGUACUCCAAGUUUGGUAUUUGUUGACCAUGGGACGUAUUUGUUAAUAUUAUAAAUAUGUUUGACAAUAACAGACUAUGGACCAUAACUACAAAUAUCAAAUGCACCACUUUUCUGCACUCAGGGAAUUGAUGUUUCCUGGUAUUACUAAAAACAGAGUUUAAGCAACACCGCAGAGAGAAUAAAUCACCUACUACAAUGAUGAAAACAUUCACUAAUAAUAAAUACAUAAAACCUCUGAGGCGUUUGUAUAUUUGGGCUCAUUUUCCCACAUUUGCAUAUCAAUAUUUAGAACCAGGUAAAUGGG